AGAAAGAGAAACAGAGAUCGAUCAUUCGGCGAGAAGAUGUGGCGUAACGCGUGGACAAGCAGCAGCAAGGAAUGGCUUCUUCGUUCAGGAAGUAUUCAACCAUCUCACUUGCUCCUUUCUCCAUCUUCCCCUGGAUCGCUAUCUUGUCUUUCUUCUGCAUCGGAGCUAUCCUCCUCUAUAAGGUGGACGAUUUCGUCUCUCGAACCAAAACAAUCGUAGGUCACAAUUUAGACCCAACGCCAUGGCAUCCAUUCCCACAAAAGAUCUUCAACGAAGACACGAAAUAUGCCCGAGCCUCCAAGAUCAUACAAUGUUCUUACCUCACAUGUCGUCGUGGCAGCACUAUCGAGCAAAAACCAUUUCAGUUUUCUUCUCCAACUGCAAACUGUCCAUCUUUUUUCCGUUGGAUCCAUCAUGAUCUCGAGCCAUGGUCUCGCUCCCGGAUUUCUGUAUCCACUUUAAUGGAAGCUCAAAAGCUCGCUGCUUUCCGAAUUGUAAUAGUUGGGGGCAAACUCUAUGUGGAUUUUUACUACGCUUGUGUGCAGAGCCGUGCCAUGUUUACGGUCUGGGGUUUGUUGCAGCUUCUUCAGAGGUACCCCGGUGCGGUACCUGACGUCGAUCUCAUGUUCGAUUGCAUGGAUAAACCUGUGAUUAAUCGGACAGAGUAUGGACAGGGGACUAGGUGGCCACCACCACCAUUAUUUCGAUAUUGUACCACAGAAGGUCACUUUGACAUCCCAUUUCCUGAUUGGUCUUUCUGGGGUUGGACUGAAGUGAAUGUACGACCCUGGGAUGACGAGUUCAGCGACAUCAAACGUGGCUCCCAAGUUCUAAGUUGGAAAAAGAAAACACCCCGUGCAUACUGGAAAGGAAACCCCAAUGUUUUUGCUUCCAUUCGUACGGAGUUGCUAACCUGCAAUCAUUCUAGAAAGUGGGGAGCCCAGAUUAUGCGUCAGGAUUGGUUCGAAGAAGCAAGAGCUGGGUAUGAGCGAUCCAAACUAUCAAACCAGUGUAAUCAUCGGUAUAAAAUCUAUGCCGAAGGUUAUGCCUGGUCUGUGAGCCUGAAAUAUAUUCUAUCAUGUGGUUCCGUAGCUCUUAUAAUAUCUCCACAGUAUGAGGAUUUUUUCAGUCGUGGUCUUGUGCCGAGAGAAAAUUAUUGGCCCAUCUCAACUACUAAUUUAUGCCAGUCAAUAAAGUUUGCUGUUGAUUGGGGCAAUGCGAACCCAUCCGAGGCUGAGGCCAUAGGUAAACGAGGACAGCUUUUCAUGGAAAAUUUGGCCUUGGAUCAGGUUUAUGAUUACAUGUAUCAUCUCAUUACAGAGUACUCAAAACUGCAGGACUUUACGCCAUCUCCCCCUUCAUCAUCUCAGGAAGUAUGUACGGAAUCCUUGCUCUGCUAUGCAGAAGAAAAGGAGAGGCAAUUCCUUGAAAUGUCAGCCACCUCUCCUGCUUCUACCCUUCCAUGCACCCUCCAGAAUGCUGAUCCUCAUGUCAUAGAGAGUUGGGUAAAGCGAAAAAGGGCAAUAAUUAGUAGUGUGAGGGAUUUGGAGAAGGUCUGACCACCGAAAUAUAGUAAAGUUGCACAAGAAUUGUGCUAGUUGUAAUGACUGGCGAUCAGAUCUUUCCAGUAAAGGGAUAUGAGGAUUCAUCAGUAUUUGGAAUAUGAUCCUUGAUUUGUUCGGUUUUUUUUU